AUGGAGAAGUGCAGGUCGGUGCCGCACGAGCACUCGUCGGCGUACUACGGGUGCGGCGGCGGGUACGACUACGAGGACGUCGGCGGCGGGCCCGGGCAGGCGGGCAAGUCGUACAGCUUCAACGGGCCGAGCGGCCGCGACGACCCGGAGGCGAAGCGGCGGCGCCGGGUGGCGGCGUACAACGUGUUCGCCACGCAGGGCCGGAUCAAGACCACCGUCCGCAGCAGCGUCAAGUGGUUCAAGUCCAAGUUCUCCGACAUCCGCUACGGUGGCCUCUGA